UCAACUCCAUCAAUCUAGCUGUUGAUUUUAUUGCAUCUCACCCUCAGGCAAAAUAAGGGAAAUGACUUGCAUAUCCAUUUCAUUCCCAUUUGUACUUUACUUUUUCCAAUUGAAGCAUGAACUGGCAUUUCAUUUUUCUCACUGUUGGGUGUGGUUCAUAUGUUUGACUUCUCUCAGCGUUCAUCGGUUUUGGAUAAUUCGUCACAAUGAGAAGUUGUCAUAGUGAAAAUGCUUUAUAAUGGCCUCAAACGAAGGAUGAGUUGCUUUACUGGUUAUUAGAAGUUUUAUCUUUUUAUGAAAAUAAACAAAGCAUCAGCAUCCUUUGUGUGCUGGAUUCAUGUGUAUUUGUUUUGCACUGAUGAUGGUAACUGAACAUACGACUGCAAUUCUUUUAAUUGCUAGAUGCUGAAA